AUGGCGUCCUCGUACGGCACUCAUACCCCGGCUCGCAAGCUAAAAGAUUCCUGCGAUCUGUGUUCAGCAUCCAAGCUGCGCUGCAACAAGCAGAAGCCCACGUGCGCUCGUUGCGCAAGUCUCAAUCAACCAUGUUCCUACAGUCCAGCCCGACGAGCCGGAAGGCCGCAUCGUGUGCGGGAGAAGAGCCAGCAGCAGAGCUUGGAGAUGUCAGUUGACAGCACGAUGGAGUCCGUGGGAGACUGCAGCAGCAGCCGGGAGAUGAGCCUCGAUUUUUCCGCAUUGUUCGGCCUGCAAUCAACAAGAUAUGAUGGUAGUCAUCAACAGCAACAACAACCACAACAACAACGACAAGCAACUGAGCACUUAUCGUGUCAAGCCCCUUCUCAAGAUAGGGGGAGCGGCGACUGUGCCAGAAUUGCCAUGACAAUCUUGGAGCAACUGGAUAUUGCCAGACAGAGAGCGAAUCAUACAUCGGUGAGCUCAGCAACCACGGAUGCGUGCCAGAGGCUCUUGACAAUAUUGGUAUGCCCAUGUUCAGAGCAGCCAGGUGUAGCGCUUCUCGUGGCAUGCGGAUGUAUCUCCCUAAUGGACACGGUCCAUCACUGCCAUGUUCUUCAAAGCGCGCCAAGUCAAGAGAUGCCGACAAGGACAACACCAACCCCCAGCCCAGAAAAGGACCUAUCCGCUUGGCAUAGACCGUCAUCUUCUAACAACAACAACAACAACAACAACAACAACAACGGCCAGGGAGUCGAGCAGCUGGCAAAGAUUGCCAAGGUCAUCUUGCAGUUUACAGACAGAUACUCGCAAGAGCCAAAGGGAGGCGCUGCCUGGACGCAAACAACGUGGCUGGUUGCACCCAUUGCAGCAUUGCUCCGGUUGAGAUUGCAAACUGUCACUCACCAAGCGGCGAAGAGCCUAGUAUUUUGA